AUGAGCGCCAAGAUCAAUGGGGCAGCAGCAGCUGCUGCAUUUCUGCUCUUCUACACUCACCUCUACUUCCCAACCACUGCUCAUCUCUACUCCUCAACCACUCCAUUGCUUGCAGCCCUCGUUAAUCUUACAACGCCUUCCCUUCCAUUAUAUCCACUUUCGGUUGAUUCCACCUCUACCCAUCAUCAGUAUGACUGUAAAUACAACCCGCUAUGCGAUGACUUCCCACCGGAUUUCCCCCCGCCCGACACAUCAGCAGUGUCCAUCUUCUGUGUUGACCCCAAUGGCUGUUGUGAAUUCACAACCGUGCAGGCGGCGGUCGAUGCAGUUCCAAACCACAGCAGCAAGAGGAAUGUUGUGUGGAUCAACAAGGGCAUCUACUUUGAGAAGGUGACAGUCCCAGCAUCCAAGCCCAAUAUCACAUUCCAAGGGCAGGGGUUCGACCUGACAGCGAUCGCGUGGAACGAUACUGCCAAAUCAGCGAACGGCACAUUCUAUAGCGCCUCAGUCUCUGUUUUCGCAUCAGGAUUCAUUGCGAAGAACAUAAGCUUCAUUAAUGUAGCACCAAUCCCAAGGCCUGGCGCUGUCGAUGCACAGGCAGUGGCGAUCAGGAUCAAUGGUGACCAAGCAGCAUUCUGGGGUUGUGGCUUCUUUGGAGCGCAAGACACACUCCAUGAUGACAGAGGCCGGCAUUACUUCAAGGAAUGUUUCAUCCAUGGCUCUAUUGACUUUAUCUUUGGAGAUGCUAGGUCACUCUAUGAAAAUUGCAGAUUGAUAUCCAUUGCAGAUCCAGUGCCUUCAGGGCAAAGAUCAAUUACUGGUUCAGUCACUGCACAUGCCCGGGUAUCAGAAAAUGACAACACUGGCUACUCAUUUGUCAAUUGUAGCAUAGGUGGCACUGGUUGGAUAUGGCUUGGACGAGCAUGGAGACCAUAUUCUCGGGUCGUCUUUGCCUACACGUCAAUGUCAGACAUCAUAGCUUCUGAAGGAUGGAAUGACUGGAAUGAUCACACAAGAGAUCAGACUGUAUUUUAUGGAGAGUACAAGUGUACAGGUGAUGGUGCAAACCUGGCAGAUAGAGUGCCUUAUGCUCAGAAGCUUAGUGAUGUGCAAGUGUUACCUUACCUAAACACAUCUUUCAUUGAUGGAGAUCAAUGGUUGAAACCAUACACUGACUCACUAAUAUCUGAUUGA